AGACUACCACACCCAACAUGUCCCUCUCCCGCUCCGUUGACAGAUAUGCAGCACAACAAACUCUAUCUGUUUCCAGCUUAUCAAGUUCACCAACAUCUCAUACUGACCAUGCUCGCACCUACCCCCUCAAGCAAACCAACAAGCCCCAUUACAAUGCGUUUUCCGAACCACCACUUUCAACUUCAGUCCCCUUACCUAUCUCGAAAGGACUCAACGAGAAAGAACGAAGACCCGUGACACGGAAGCCUGUACCACAAAGCUCUGCUGGACCCGAGACGGACGACAACACCAGUGUAGGCAGUAGGUAUGAUACAAACGAAGUCUACAACGAGAUAUCAAUAGCCAGGUCUGAAGCCGAGAGAUAUCAAAACACCCUCAAGAACAACCCCAUGAAGCUCAACAAAACAGCGAACCCGUCUUCCAUAAUCCCCACAAGCAGAUCUAGAACGCUACACGACGACAGCACACCACAACCCUCGAAAGAAACCAAACGCAAAACCUCCUUCGAUUCUUUCUCAUUCCACACCGGCGACGAAGCCUUCUUUUCAAUACGACGUCGUGGGAGGACCCCGGAGCCAAAGAAAGAUACCGAAAGCGAACACUCCUUUGAAUCUUUUCAUGCUGGUGACGAAGAUGCUUUUCAGGCGCAUUUGACGAGGUCUGCUAUCUUGGCCAGGAUGGGCAGAAGGGAGGAGAAGAGGUGGGGAUGUUGUUUUAUGUGAAGGGAUGGGGGUUUUGAGAAGUUGAUGCUUUGGUUCUUAGAGGGAGAUCUUGGUAGAAUAGGUUUGGGUUUGAAUGGACUUCAUCUGGUCAUCAUUCGCUGUCCUCUUUCUCUUUCCAGCUAACCCAUAAUCUCACUUGUUGCUUCUCAAUUCUGAAGAUGUAAAUACAGCUUCCACACUUCCUCUCCGUGGGAGGAAACCUCUCUUGAAUAUGGCAAUCAAAAUGUAAAUGGCUGAGGCAAGCAGGACAAGAUAAGAG